AUGAUUCAUGUCAAAAAAACACCAGUAAGAGUGGCAUCUUUUAUAUCGAAAAGAUCAUUUAUUUCAAUCAGUCAAAAUGAUCUAAUAUUGAUCAACAACAGCAAUAAUAAUAAUAAUAAUGACAACAGUAAGAAAACUAAUAGAAAUAGUAUAGAUAAUGGGAUAACAUCUUUGAUCAAUCAGAAAUGUAUCCGAUCGUUCCAUGUAUUUAAUCAUUCUAAUCCACUUUAUCUAAAACAAUCAUUUUCUUUAUUACAAAAUAACAAUAACAACAAUAGUAACAAUAGAAUAGACAAGAAAAUGGAUGCUACUGAUGAAGAUUUGAUAAACAUUAAAAAAGAUAUUCGUGAUUAUAUAGAAAUGAGUCAAAAUAGGUUAAAAAGUUUAAGUAAUAAUAAUAAUAAUAAUAAUAAUGAGGAUCAUGAUGAAAAAGUAUGGUUAGAACGUCAAGAAAAUAUUAAUGAAAGGUUACAGCAUUUAGAAGAUACUAUUAAAAGACAAAAUAGUAUUAAUCAAGAAAAUAAUACAAACAACAAUAACAAUAACAACAACAGCAACAAUAAUAAUGACUUUUUCAAUAAAAAUCGAAAUAAUAAUAACAAUAGUAUAGAUAACAACAAUAUUAAUCUAUUCCAAUUAGGUUUGACAUUUUUUGUUCUUUCAUUUUUAUUGGAUUUAUUGAACAAUAAUAACGAAACCAAUGAAAUCUCAUGGCAGGACUUUUAUUCAAAUUAUUUAGCAAAGGGUUAUGUGUCCAAAUUGAUUGUCAUUAAUAAUUCGAGAGUAAAAGUUGUUUUAAAUGAUACAGGCAGAAUCCAGUUAAGUCAAUCGAAUAGCUCAUCCUCACCUUUUAGUACUCGUAAUGGUGGUAGUACUGCUUCCGGUAGCGAGAUUUAUUUCACUAUCGGUUCUAUAGAAAAUUUUGAACGUAAAUUAAAUAAAGCUCAAGAUGAUCUAAACGUUCAAACAGAUUUUAAAAUCCCUGUUUUAUAUAUUCAACAAGGCAAUUGGACAAAAACCAUAUUCCAAAUUUUACCAACUGUACUAAUGAUAACUGGUUUAAUUUGGUUGACCAAGAAAUCUGCCACUGCUGCAAGUUCAGCUGGUAAGAAUGGCAUCUUCGGAUUAUCUCGUUCAAAAGCAAGACAGUUUAAUAUCGACACAGACGUCAAAAUUAAAUUUAAAAACGUCGCUGGCUGUGAUGAAGCUAAAGAAGAAAUCAUGGAAUUUGUAAGUUUCUUGAAGGAACCUUCCAGAUAUGAAAAGAUGGGUGCAAAGAUUCCACGUGGUGCUAUCCUCUCUGGUCCUCCUGGUACAGGUAAGACUCUUUUAGCCAAAGCUACUGCAGGCGAAGCCAACGUCCCGUUCUAUUUUGUCAGUGGUUCUGAGUUCGUAGAAAUGUUUGUAGGUGUAGGUGCUGCAAGGGUACGUGACCUUUUUAAGACUGCAAGAGAAAAUGCACCAUCCAUUAUCUUUAUCGACGAAAUUGAUGCUGUAGGUAAAGCAAGACAGAAGGGAAAUUUCUCUGGUGCAAACGAUGAAAGAGAAAACACUUUGAACCAAAUUUUGGUUGAAAUGGAUGGAUUCACACCAAGUGACCAUGUCGUCGUCCUUGCCGGUACAAACAGACCAGAUAUCCUAGAUAAAGCUUUGCUAAGACCAGGUAGGUUUGAUAGACACAUCGAUAUCGAUAAACCAGAAUUGGAAGGUAGAAAAGCGAUCUUUGAGGUACACUUAGCUAAAUUGAAAUUGGCUAACAAAAUCUACGACUUAAAAAAUCGUCUUGCUGCUUUAACACCCGGGUUUUCUGGCGCCGAUAUUGCUAAUGUAUGCAAUGAAGCAGCCUUAAUUGCAGCAAGGAAUGACUCUACUUCAGUCAAAUUGAAUCAUUUCGAACAAGCUAUUGAAAGAGUGAUUGGUGGUGUAGAAAGGAAAUCUAAAUUAUUAUCUCCUGAAGAGAAAAAAAAUCGUAGCUUACCAUGA